AACAAUCCAAUCUUCACAACUUAACUUAAUCCCAAGCUCAUCAUCAUUUGUUCUCUUAUACUUUGUUCAUCUCUUAGAUCACAAAACAGCUAAACCUAGAGUUGGAAGAUGGCUUCUUCAUUGGCAUCUAAUAUUCUCUUCAUAGGAUUCCUAAUUAGUACCUUGACUUGCUUCGUUGCUUUGGCCACAGAUAAUAACCCUCUUCAGGAUUUCUGCGUUGCUGAUGCCAAUAGCCCAGUGUUGAUUAAUGGACUAGUCUGUAAGGACCCCAAGGUUGUAACUGAAAAUGACUUCUUCACUAGCGGAUUGAACGUGGCCGGUGACACAUCAAAAAAUCUGGUAGGAUCAAACGUAACAACAGUUAAUGUUGGCAGGAUUCCUGGACUCAACACUCUCGGCAUUUCUCUUGUUCGUAUCGACUUUGCACCAUGGGGAAUCAAUGCUCCACACACCCAUCCUCGUGCUACUGAAAUUCUGACCAUCAUAAAAGGUACACUGCGGGUGGGAUUUGUGACCUCAAAUACAGAAAAUCGUCACAUCACCAAAGUCCUGAAUGAAGGAGAUGUGUUUGUGUUCCCAGAAGGUCUUAUACAUUAUCAGCAAAACAUUGGACAUGAUAAUGCAGUAGUGAUUGCGGCUCUUAGCAGCCAGAACCCAGGGGUUAUCACCAUUGCCAAUGCUGUAUUCGGAGCCAAUCCAGAUAUAUCUGCUGAUAUUCUUGCCAAGGCUUUCCAGCUGAACGAAAACACCGUCAAACAAUUGCAGGCACGAUUUUAAGUUGAUGAACGUAUCGAAUAAAGUGUUAUAGGCACUAAUAGCUCUGUUCAGGCAUUUUUCAAUUAUAUUUGUUUAGUGUUGUUUGAAAUUGUUGCUUUUAAUUAAUCAUUGGAAUAUGCUUAUUGUAUCACAAGCUUCAAUAAAAACUUCGGUUAAUUUUCUUUUUCUA